UUCCCUACUCACAUGUUAUGCUAUAACCGGUAAUAAAUGUCAAAUUUAUCCGUAAUGAAAAAUUUCCGCAGUAACUCUUAAAAUUGAUGCAAAUUGUGUUAGUGGUUGGCAUCUUCUUCCUAACUUCCGCCACGAUGGCAUGGAGGUCGCACGGAAAAAACAACGCCGAAUUAAUCCGGAAUUUGCGAGCGAACGGAAUCAUCCGUAGCGAUGCCGUGGAAAACGCGAUGAUGGCAGUCGACCGUGGCAAUUACUCCCGCAAUAACCCGUACAUGGACGCCCCCCAAGGCAUCGGCUACGGAGUGACAAUCAGUGCUCCUCAUAUGCACGCCCACGCUCUUGAAUUACUCAAAGAGAAACUGAUCAACGGAGACAGGGCCCUGGAUGUGGGUUCAGGCAGCGGGUAUCUGACAGCCUGCAUGGCCAUUAUGCUCGGAAAGAAAGGAAUUGCUGUCGGUAUUGACCAUAUCCCUGAACUUGUGGACAUGUCGGUCCGCAAUAUCCAGAAAGAUAAACCGGAGUUGCUGGAGUCGGGACAAUUGAGAUUGAUUUUGGGAGACGGGCGGAAAGGACAUGCUGAACUGGGGCCUUAUGACGCUAUACACGUUGGGGCGGCUGCGGCUGUGUUGCCGCAACCUCUGGUGGAUCAGCUGAAGGUAGGAGGACGCCUGAUUAUUCCGGUGGGUCCAGCAGGGGGCGACCAACAACUCGAACAGAUCGACAAGCUGCCUGACGGCUCAGUCCAACGCAAGUCUCUCAUGGGGGUUGUCUACGUCCCACUAACCGAUAAAACACACCAGUGGCCUCAUUCCCAUUGACAAUUAUUCGUAGGAGCCGUUUUCGUUCUGUCGUUACUUUUGAUUUGUUACAAGUAUUUCAAAUCGUAAUGCUGCUCUAGUCAUCCUGUAUUCCUCUUGACAAAAAUUAUUUAUUUCGCGCGUCCAUUGAUAUUCUCUGAGGAAAACUGUAAUUAUCAUUAAAUAAACUUAUUUUCGUUCAA